CUUUUCAAAUAUAACUAGUGAGUUUUAUCUUUGUGCAGUCUAAACACACUUGUAUUGAAAUAAGCUACUGUAUCACAGUUGUGUGCUGUGGAUGAAAGCCAAGUACUGUACUCCAGUUUCAGAGCUGAUUAACAGAGGGAUCUAAUAAGCUACAGGUAUAUUGCAUCUGUUUUAUACUGUCUGUGGUUGUUUCCAGUUGCUGUGGUUUGUUUUUUCCUUCGUCAUGUUCAUUUUCGAAAAUUAAAAAAGAGCAAAUUAACCAUUUGUGUGAUUUCGGGACAUUAGCGUUUCUGCUUCUCGGCGUGAGUGAAGAUCGCAUUUCAAUGACGUCGUCCCGAGAUGGUCCAAUCAGAGUGACGAAAGCUAACGGCCGUUGAUGACGGAACUACAGUUUUUUUGUCGCCCUCUGGUAGACCACCAUUUUGGGAGUCAAAACACCCAGCAAACUGCAGCGCACACUUCCACGCUUCUCCGUGGCCUUACUAUGGUUCACACCUGUGUGGUGGCAGGCUGCAGGAACAGAAGGACACCAGGCACCACCUUAUCUUUCUACCGUUUCCCACGGGACCCCGAGAGGAAGCAGCGCUGGAUAGCUGCUGUGAACCGAGAGGGCUGGGUGCCGAACGACGGCAGUCGGCUCUGUAGUACUCACUUCAUUUCAGGUAAACAGGUGAAGAAUCCGCGCUCUCCGGAUUAUGUUCCUUCUGUGUUCACGGCGGCUCCCUUAUGCCCAGAGAUGAAGGAGCCGGGUGCCUUAGAGAUCGUGGACAAACAGGAAGCACGGGUGGAGGCAGCCAAUGCCUUGCUGUUCCUCCAGGGCCAGGGCAUGUCUGCGGUGGAUGAACAGGGCCAGGAAAAGCAUCCUGAGGUGAAGGAACAGGAGACCACUGCAGAGGAGAGUGCCUCCUCCUCCCUCAGCACUGAAGAUGAUGAUGAUGACGAUGACGACGAAGAUGAUGAUGAUGAUAAUGAUGAUCAGUCUGUGAGUGACAGCAAGAAAGGAAAGUUUGCCCAGACAUCUGAUGUCCCGGUGAACUUUGAUGACAUCUUGAAAGCCCUGAAGAGGGAGAAUCAGGCCCUCAAGGAGUCUGUGGAGAAAAUGUCUCUCUCAGAGAACUCCUUAAGGAAUGAUGCUGAGAAAGUGAAGUUUUACACUGGUUUACCCAACUACUUUGUCUUAGAGACAGUCAUGUGGCUGCUGGCACCUCACAUGGAUGGAAUGAAAAACGUCAAGCUCUCCAAGUUCCAGCAGCUGCUGCUGACACUAAUGCGUCUCCGCCUGGACCUCCGCAAUCAGGACUUGGCUUAUCGCUUUGGCGUGAAAGUCGGCACAGUUACCAGAACAGUUCACCGGAUGGUCAGCAUCAUGUCCUCUACUCUGGUGCCAACGGCUGUCUUUUGGCCCUCCAGAGCUGAGCUCCGUAAAAACCUGCCAGCUGCGCUGCGAGCCUCUCACCCUGACUGCGCCGUCAUCAUAGACUGUUUCACCGUGCCUUUCGAGGACCCGGUCUCUCAGGGGGCGGGGCCAAGUUAUAACGUGUUUAAGUAUCUGAUUGGCGUGGCUCCACAAGGCGUGGUCACUUUUGUCUCUAGGGGUGUGCUGGGAAACGUCAGUGACAAGAGCCUGGCUGAGGGCUGUGGAUUCUUGUGCAAGCUUCUCCCGGGCGAUGUCGUACUGGCAAGCCGUGACCUGGACAUCGGAGACUCCGUGGCAGCACGUGGAGCCUUGUUUAAAAUUGCUGACAGCUACCAGGGAGAAGCAUAUGGGAGAACAGAGGGCUCAUUGCUGGCUGAUCCUUCCUCUGAGACAGUGAGCGUGCAGAGGCAUGUGGAGAGGGUGAUCUCUAUGGUAAAGCAGCGGUACGCCAUGCUCACGGGCCCUGUCGAGAGCGCCUUCACCGCAGCCUCUGAGCGCACGUCGAACCUCUCAACCUUUGAUAAGAUUGUGCAAGUUGCCUGUGCCUUAAACAACCUGUGCAUCUCUGCUGCUCCACUCGAGUGAUGUGUAGACAAACGCCUCGUGCUCCUUUAAUGCUGAUCAGGCUCUUCAGUUCCCUUUACUGCUUUGGACUGCACUUCUUGCUGUCCCUCUGUGUCUAUGUGUCGACACUACAUCAUGACUACAGCAAAUAGAUCUAUACUUUUCCACUAUACUAACUUUCAAUCUAUGUCACUCCUUGUGAUCUGGGUCAGUUUAUACUUAGCAAUAGGACCAUUUCUCCAAACACAGAAACCACAUUUCUGAGAUGUGAUGUCAUUAAGUUAUGCACCUCCCCUCACAAAGAAUGGCUGACUUGCAAGAAUUUAUUUUGUUUAGGCUUUGGGUGAAAACUGAGUAAAACCCUUAUGAAAUAUGUCUUUAUUAGCUACUUGUAAAUGCUGAAGUAUACACACUGCAGUUUGGGUAAUGCAUUUCCACUGAUCCCACAUCUCUGACUGUUAAGUGUGUCUUCCCCAUCCCUGACUGUAGUUACCAGAUUACAUCCAUCUGCUGCAGAGAAGUGGCAUGUUGCUUAAACCUUUUUUAAUUUUUAUUUAUUUUUUUGUUGCUUCCCUGCAUCUAAAUCAGGAACUGUGCACAUAGGAAUAUGCAUAGAAAGAGGUUAAAAUAACAGAAAUGCCAGACAAAGUAGUACACCGUAGUACUCCUCGGCCACAGUGUCUCCUCUCUGUUCACAGUGCAGGGACAGAAAUGUCCUGUGGUUUGUGAAGGAGUACUGGUUGUAAACUCAUCGUUUUUGGCAUAGUCACAUUUUUGUAAGCCAGGUACUUUUUAUAGCAAGAGUACAGUCAGCUGUGAUGAUUAGCUACAAGUUGGCAAUUCGAGCACAUCUUGGAAUGGCAGAUGUCUUCAAUGUCUUCAUCAGCAGUGAUUUGCUGGUUUUGCAGGUUUAAAAAAUAAUAGUAAUGAUGAUGUUGAUGAACAGAAAAUUAGACUUUAGCUUGAGCUGUAUACAGUGAUUAACAAUGAUGUCCUUUUUUACUGAGCCACGUGUUUAGGUAAUUAUUAAUUUUCCCAAAGUAGUUAAAGCUCCUUAUUUAAUACAAAAAUCUCAAAAGAAUCAUCUUUUGUGUUGGUGCAGAAGUAAACAGUAUUGCUGACAUGCUGUUGAGCCUGAAGAAACACAUUGUUAGAUGAGUACAUCAGCUACAUUUAACAUGUGGAUUCAUUCUCACUGGUUUGUCCUCUCCUGUGGGAGACUGUGACAGGCUUUGGUCCAUGAGCACGAGCCACAGCAGUAGUUAUGAUACAAGGCUGCGGGUUAUUUCCAGAAAGGUUACCCAGCAACUGAAAUUUUGAUCUUUUUAAAGGGUUUGACCUUUCAGUAAUGUAGACACACCAACUGAAAAGUUUCUACUGAUAUACAGUAUAUCUGCAUUUUUUUUAAUUUGAAGAUAACCCCUCUGAUUAUUGAAUUACAUAUUUUAGUAGUGCUGCUUUGCUGGUGCCUUAGUUUGUAAAGCUGUUCCAGAUCAGCCCAUAUUUUCUACAGAUAUUUAUUUUGACAUCAUGCACUAUUCUUUGGACUUUUUCCUGGUUUGGUCCCUAAGCCAGAUGUGCAUGAUGAGUCAGCAUCUGUAGUCAACAAGGUCUAAAUGUGUGUUCCCAUUGUUUUGUUGUUUGUUUGUUUGUAAGGUACAUCAUUCUUGUGUGCUCAACCUUCUGCCAAAACUAAUCUAAAGUCACUACACUUAUACUUAUGUUUUCUCCUAAGGUUUGAGGGGCUACAAUACAAUUGGCUCAGGGCCCAAAAAUGAAUUGGGAAUGCUCCAAUAACAAAGACUACACUUAAGUUCAGGUGCUGGGCUUUAACAGGUGAUGCUUCAUAAUCGGUGUUAGGUUCAGAAUGUGCCUUCUGUUCUCAGACCCCUGGAUAUCCCAGACAACAGAUGCUUGUCUGUCUUUUCUGACUGGUCAUGUUUUGGUUGACACUGUAUUGCUCUGGGGCUUCCAUAAGGACAUCUAGCCACAGUAUUUAGUCCACUUGCCUGCUUUUCUCCCCUUCAAUUAGCCAUGGUGUUUGGCACUGCUGAUGCUCUAAACAAACUAUAAAAUUCAAGUUAAUUAGCAGUACUAUGGGUUGAUAUAUUUCUUCAGCAGUGCAUGUACUUUGGAUGAACACAUGCUUCAUUUUUUUUAUUUUUUUUUAUUAAGUCUUUGACUGAGUAGACUGUAUCUGCAGACCUUGCUUGCUCUUUUAUGGAGGGAGCGAAAAGCCCCCUUUUUUGACUGAUUAAAAUAGUCUUACAGGCUGGUUUAAAUGGUGUUUGCCCGUUCCUAAGGUAGUGAGUGGCGCUGGAGGACUGUUAUCAAGCAAGGCCAAAUACCAGUAUUAAUAGUAGUUAAAAGGCUUUGUGAAAUGACUGUUGGUUUAUUCUGUCUGUAUUUAGUUCUUACAUGCAUAAGAACAAAGUCAAUACUUCCUAUUUGAUGUUUUUUCUGCUCUAAAAUAAAAGAGCUUCUAGGUUGACAUGUAUGAAAGAAGUUUAUAAACUCAUGUUCUCACACUACAUUGCUGUUUGACAUUAUUGUUACGGACGCAUGUGCUUCCAUGAUGUGUAAACUCCUGAAGGUUUCCUGUUUAGUUUCUCUUUUAAUAUAGCUCCUGUGACUGAAAAAAUAAAGUUGUGGAAUUGCAUCAGCUUA